ACACAGCUCAGGCUUGAUCUCUCCCUGGAACUCUUGGUCCUGGUGGCCCCUCUGCUGCUGCUGUUGCUGCUGCUGUAGAAGAACUCUCUUGGCUGGGCUGGCCUUGGUGCUGGAGCUGGAGGAGGAUGCAGCUCCCUCUAGGAAAGGAGCUCCCUUCCCUGCAGACCCUCCUCCUCUUCUCUGCCAUUCUCCUGAUCCUGGCCAGUUAUGUGCAGAGGAGGAGGAGGCAGCAGUCUAAAUACCCCCCGGGGCCUCUUCGGCUGCCCAUAUUUGCCAACGUCUUUCAGAUAGACAUUAAAAAACCCCAUAUCAGCAUCCAGGAGUGUGUCAGGAAAUAUGGAAAUAUUUUCUCCAUGGAUCUGCUCAGUGCUCCCAUGAUAGUUGUAACUGGAUUGCCACUGAUAAAGGAAGUCCUAGUCAACCAAGGCCAGGUGUUUGUUGAUCACCCCAGAUAUCCUUUGCAAUCUUACAUCUUUAAAAUAAAUGGCUUAUUCAUGUCUAAUGGUCAAGAGUGGAAAGAUCAAAGAAGAUUUACCUUAAUGACCCUAAGGAAUUUUGGUUUGGGAAAGAAGACCCUUGAACUUCGGAUACAAGAAGAGGCCAUAUAUCUCACUGAGGCUAUCAGAGAAGAAAAGGGAAAGCCCUUUAACCCACACUUUCAGAUCAACAAUGCUGUUUCCAACAUCAUCUGUUCUGUCACUUUUGGGAAUCGUUUUGAAUACCAUGAUUCUCAGUUUCGGGAGCUACUGAAGAGCUUGAAUCAAGUCUCGGUGCUUCAAGCCAGUUGGGAGUGUCAGUUCUUCGAUAUAUUUCCUAGGAUAAUGAAACUCUUACCAGGAGCUCACAAAAAACUCUUUAGAGAAUUCCAGAAACUAGAGUCUUUUGUAGUCCAUGUGAUCAAAAAACACAAGGAAGAUCAAAACUCGGAGGAAGCCCAGGACUUCAUUGAUGCUUACCUGAAGGAGCUGUCCAAGUAUGUCAGGAAAUAUGGAAAUAUUUUCUCCAUGAAGCUGCUGGGUACUCCCACAAUAAUUGUUAGUGGAUUGCCACUGAUAAAGGAAGUCUUAGUCAACCAAGGCCACGUGUUUGUUGAUCGCCCCAGAUUACCUUUGCAAUCCUACAGCUGUAAAAUUAAUGGCUUAUUUUUAUCUAAUGGUCAAGAGUGGAAAGAUCAAAGAAGAUUUACCAUAAUGACCCUAAAAAAUUUUGGCUUGGGAAAGAAGACCCUGGAACUCCGGAUACAAGAAGAGGCCAUAUAUUUCAUUGAGGCUAUUAGAGAAGAAAAAGGAAAGCCCUUUAACCCACACUUUCAUAUCAACAAUGCUGUUUCCAACAUCAUCUGUUCUGUCACUUUUGGGAAUCGUUUUGAAUACCAUGAUUCUAAGUUUCAGGAGCUACUGAAGAGCUUGAAUCAAGUCUCGGUGCUGCAAACCAGUUGGGAGUGUCAGUUCUUCAAUAUCUUUCCUAGGAUAAUGAAAUGCUUGCCAGGAGCUCAUAAAAAACUCUUUAGAGAAUUCCAGAAACUAGAGUCUUUUGUGGCCCAUAUGAUCAAACAACACAAGGAAGAUCAAAACUCUGAGGAAGCCCAGGACUUCAUUGAUGCUUACCUGAAGGAGCUGUCCAAGGGUAAUAUCAGCUCUAAUUUAAAGGAAAACAAUUUAGUCUCAUGCACCCUGGACCUCUUCUUUGCUGGAACAGAGUCUACAUCAACCACUCUAAGGUGGGCUCUGCUGUAUAUGGCCUUUUAUCCAGAGAUUCAAGGUAAAAUUCAAGCUGAGAUUGACAGGGUGGUUGGCCAGUCCCGGCAGCCCACCAUGGCUGAUAGAGAAAAUAUGCCCUACACUAAUGCGGCCGUCCAUGAAGUCCAGAGAAUGGGCAAUAUCAUUCCUCUCAAUCCACCCAGGGUGGCCACAGUUGAUACCACAGUGGCAGGAUACCAUAUGCCAAAGGGGACCAAAGUGGUGACCAAUAUGACUUCUUUGCACAGGGACCCCAAGGAGUGGGCUACCCCUGAAACCUUCAACCCAGAACAUUUUCUGGAGAAUGGUGAAUUUAAGAAAAGAGAGUCCUUUCUGCCUUUCUCAGCAGGGAAGAGGGUCUGCCUGGGAGAAAAGCUGGCUCGGGCUGAGCUCCUGCUUCAGAGAUUCACAUUCCAGGCUCCCCCAGACACCCAGCUGAGUCUGGACUCCCUACCUGGCCUUACCUUUAAUCCUGUCCCCUACAAAAUCUGUGCUCUUCCUCGAGAGACACCACCCAUGCUUAGCCUGUAGGGGAGACCUGAAAUACUUAACUCUUAAAUUUUUAAAAUCACUAUUUGGGCAAUCAGAAGGAGUAUACGACUAUGGGGUUUGUAGUAGUAAAUUGACUAGGAUACUAUUAAAUCCAAAACAAAAAUUUGAGGGGUAUCGUAGGGGUUUAUACUGAGAGAAGUGGGAAGGAAGAAAUGGAAUGUGAUAAAUUAACUUACCUAAAGAUGUGUGAAAAAUCUAUUUUAGUGGAGAGGAGGAUGAGGUUGGUGAAAGGCAGUGUUUAAACCUUGCUAUCAUCAGAAUUGAAUCAGAGAGAAUAGCAAACCAUACUCAGUUCUGGAUAGAAACAUAUCCUUUAGAGAAGAAAGUAAGGAAUAGAAAAGUUAUGUGUGGGAGAGGAUAAAAGGGAAGGUGAACUGGGAAAGGCAGUGGUUAAAAAAAUUGUGAGGAGAGACAGAAUAAAAGGAAAGAGCAGAAUAAAAAGGGAAAAUAAGAAAGAGGGGAAUACACAAUUGGUAUUGAUAGCUAUGAAUGUGAAUGCAAUGAAGCCCCCCCCCAAAAAAAACAGAAGCAGACAAGAGAAUGGAUUAAAAAUCAGAAUCUUGUGAUAUGCUGUUUACAAGAAAUGAAUGUAAGGGAAGAUGACAAAAACACAGUAAAGGUAAGGGGGUGGAGCAAAAUGUAUUGUGAUUCACUAAAGAAAAUGUAUAGUAAGGGGCCACAAGGCAUAAAACCUCUCGGCAAAAUGGAGAAAAGCAGAAAUAAUUCAUGGAUCAUUUUCAGAUAAUAAUACAAUAAAAAUUAAAAUAAAUAGUGGCUAUGAAAGCCAAAUUUAAAAUUAAAAAAUAAUUUAAUAUUCUAAUUCUACAAAAGGGGUUGGUCAAAGAACAAAUGAUAGAGAUGAGUCAGUAAUUUCAUUAAAGAGAAAGGCAACAAUGAGGUCGUAUAACAAAAUUUGUGAAUUGAAACCGAAGCAAUACUUGGGGGUAAUUUCAUAUCUCUAAUGGAUUACAUCAACAAAAUAGAGAAAAAUCAGACCAAUCAAUUGGAUGUACAAAUAAAACAUUAGGAAAAGAGCAAAUCAAACAUCUCCAACUAAAAACUAAAUGGGAAAUAUUGAAAGUGAAGAGAGAAAUUAAUAAAGCUAAAAGUAAGAAAAAGGUUUGAACUAAUAAAGAAGAGUAGGAAUUUGAUUUAUAAAAAAAUGAAGAAAAUAAGGCAUUUGUUAAUUUCAUUUUAAAAAGGAAAGAAAAAUAAAAUGACUGGUAUCAAAAAUGAAUGGUGUUAAUUCACUGUCUAAGCAGAAAAAGGUAAAUCGAUAAAUAAGAACUAUUUUGCCUACUUAUAUGCCAAUAAAUCUAAGUGAAAUGGAUAAAUAUUUGCAAAAACAGAAAUUGCUCAGAUUAACACAAGAGAAAAUGGAAUACUUAAAUAACCUCAUUUUAUAAAAAAUAAAUUAAAAAUAACCAUCAAUGAGACACCUAAGAAAAAAUCCUCAGGACCAAAAAUGUUUCUACCAAACAUGUAAAGAACAACUAAUUCCAAUACUAUAUAAAGCACUGAGAAAAAUAGGCAAAGAAAGAUUCAUCCCAAAUUGUCUUUAUGAAGUAAACAGGAUUCUGAUAUCUAAGCCAGGAAGACCAAAAAGAAAAUUAUAAACCAAUUUACUGAAAGAAUAUAGAUCUAAAAUUAAAAUACCAGCUGGUAGACUACAGCAAUAUAUCACAAGGAUCAUUCACUAAGACCAGGGAGGAUUUAAACAAAGGAUGCAUUGCUGGUCCAAUAUUAGAGAAACUAUGAGCAUAAUUAAUCAUGCCAGUAACAAAAUUAAUAGAAAUCAAAUGAUGAUUUCAAUAGAUGUGGAAGUAGCUUUUGUCAAAACACAUCACCCAAUAUGACUGGGGUUUUAGCUUUAAAAGAAAACUCAUACAAGUAUGAAUUUAUUCCAAAAAUUCCAAUUUACUUUUGUUAAAUUGGAAUUUUAUGAGUUAUAUCCUCUUUCCUGAUUAUAUGACAAUUGUAUUCUAAUUGUGCUCAGAUUUCAUUUCAAUUUUUCUAAUUGAAUUAGAAUUUAUUUUAAUUAUCACCAUUUAUUCUAAUCAGACAUUACUUCAAUGAAAUUAUUUGAAUAAAGCUGGAAUUGUUUA